UUGACGACAUGACGUUUUAGAAAUCAGGAAGUAUUCGACAGCAACAAACAAUCCCUGUUUUGUUGUCUUGUAACCUGCUUUAGUAGAGAGUAUGCCACUGUCUCACUGUAAAGUUAAUGUCUUAUGUGAUAGUGAUGGUCAGGUGCCGCAAAAAGAGGAAUGCACGAGAUAGUUAAGAAACUUGAUAGUCUCUUAUGACAUAUGGAUCAAGCAGUGUGGAUCUCAUCAGAGAGUUAACUAAUGGUGACGUUGUAGCCAGCAAUCAGCUGUCAGUUUUGCUAGCUAGGUAAUUUUGAGUUGCAAUAAUGGUGAUUUACAGUGCCUCAAGCUAUGUUCUUUUAGGUUUGGCAAACCUAAUCAUCAUGUCUGCAUGUAUGGACUAUUGUGAAACUAUUGAAAGCUGUCACGGUCCUGCUGACACUAUGUCAGACCGACAACACUACAUUCAUGCUUUCAACUUCAACAAGAGUGUGGAGAAACACUUGCACGGUUUGGACCACUUCAAACUAUCGUGUAAAAAGCUAUUAGAAGCCUUCCCCCUUGACCAAGUGGAUGGCAUCUUUGUUCGCUCUGUGAAGAACUGCAUUUUUUCAGAGUCUGACCCAACCCCACUCAAAGGCCCUCUGAGACUUGUGGCUGUUUCAAAGGAGGUCAUUGAGGGAAUGUUGGGUCUAGAUGUUGCAGUGUCCCAGUCAGAGGAUUUCCUACAGUACUUCAGUGGUGGUAAACUUUUUCCUGGAUCCAGCCCUCUGACACACAGAUAUGGGGGUCACCAGUUUGGCUACUGGGCAGGUCAGUUAGGAGAUGGCCGAGCACAUCUCCUUGGUGAAUAUACUAGCAGAAAGGGUGAAAGAUGGGAACUCCAGCUCAAAGGCUCAGGAAAGACUCCAUAUUCAAGGUCAGGAGAUGGCCGAGCUGUGGUCCGCUCCUCAGUCAGAGAGUUCCUGUGCAGCGAGGCCAUGCACUUUCUGGGUGUUCCUACUAGCAGAGCUGCCAGCCUUAUUGUAAGUGAAGAGGCAGUGUGGAGGGACCAGUUCUACAAUGGGAAAGUAAAGAAGGAGAGAGGAGCGGUUGUCCUGCGGCUGGCCACGUCAUGGUUCCGGAUCGGAUCAUUGGAGGUUCUGGCUAAAGCUGAAGAACUUGACCUUUUAAGGAAACUGUUGGACUUUGUGAUACAGGAGCAUUUUCCUUCCAUUGAUUCAAAUGAUCCAGGCAAGUAUUUGAUAUUUUACUCCAGGGUUGUGAAUGAGACCGCUCACCUCAUUGCCCAGUGGAUGUCUGUUGGCUUUGCACAUGGAGUAUGCAACACUGAUAACUUCAGCCUACUGUCUAUCACCAUUGACUACGGACCGUUUGGCUUUAUGGAAGCCUACAACCCAAAUUUUGUCCCCAACACAUCUGAUGAGGAGGGGAGGUACAGUAUCGGAGCUCAGGCCAAUGUUGGUCUGUUCAACCUGGAGAAACUCCUAGAAGCCCUAACUCCAGUGCUGACCAUAGAACAGAGGCAAGGGGCUGGGCUAGUACUGAAAAGGUACCCACAUAUAUACCAGAUGAGGUUUCACAAACUGUUCAAGGCAAAGUUAGAUUUACUUGGCGAGGAGGAGGAGGAUGAAUAUCUCAUUGCAUUUCUGCUUAAGCUGAUGGAGGAGACAGGUGCAGACUUCACCAUGACCUUCAGACAGCUGAGUGAAGCCUCAAUGCAGCAGCUUCACAACAUGUCCAACUUAAAGGUGAUGUGGGCCCUGCAGAACCUGGCUUCGCAUAAGAUGUACCCCGAGUGGGUCAGCAUGUAUCUGCAUAGAUUAAAAAGGCAGGGAGGUGAUUCUGAUGAGGAUCGUCAACACAGGAUGAGAAGGAUCAAUCCCAGAUACGUGCUGCGAAACUGGAUGGCAGAGUCUGCAAUACGGAAGGCUGAGGGGAAUGAUUUCUCAGAGGUGGAGCUGCUGCAGCGGAUACUGGCACAACCCUACCUCACACAGGACGCAGCAGAGGAGGCUGGUUAUGCAGCACAACCCCCAUGGUGGGCCCAGGGGUUAAAUGUCAGCUGUUCAUCAUGAGGGAUGCCUCUGCCCCAAUGACAGGACAUAUAUUUGCAGUGUAUUCAGAAUGUGUUCAGUGCAAAACAUUUCUCUUGAACACGUCAUUCAGGAUAACCAGUAUUUGCAUUGUUUAGCAACGGAUGUUUGACUUUUCACAAUUAUUUUUCUAGCUAUCAUGGUGGAACUAUACAUUUAGUUCAGUGCACAAAAAAAAACAUUCAUGCAACUGUUGGAUGACCAGAACCCUGAUUGCUGACCUCAUGUGAUUCAAGAUAAAGGAAAGGGCACAGAUGCAAUUUUGCAAACACUCAUAAAAUGUAAUGACAUUUCAUUCAUAAUACAGUCAUGCUGAGCAACA